AAGCAUCAGACUCCAGCUGAGCGUGUCGCUGUGCGCAGGCGCAGUGUGAGUAUGAGUCGUGAAGCUGGAAGCUGAAGUGUCCUCAGAGAUGAAGACACCUCCGGACAGGUCAGGAAUCACUUUCGAGGUCGGAGCGCUGCUUGAAGCCCGAGAUCGACACAAGAACUGGUACCCAGCGACGAUUGAAAAGAUCGACUUUGAUGAAGAGCGGAUCCUGAUCCACUACCGUCAGUGGAGCCGUCGCCAUGACGAAUGGUUUCAUUGGAACUCACAGUACCUGCGGCCGCUGGAGCGAGUCAGUCUGAGGAGGCUGGGCCUCAAUCCACCACUCUCUCAACCGAUGUUUGUCUCAGGAACGAAGGUUCUGGCCUGUUGGACAGACUGUCGUUUCUACCCGGCCAAAAUCCUCAGGGUCAACAAGGAUGACUCGUACACAGUGCGUUUCUAUGAUGGUGUGGUUCUGACUGUGAAGCCCACCAAGGUCAAACCCUUCCAGGAAAAGUCCAAAUCUGAGAAGAGUGCAGUGGGAAGUGAGGGAUGGGAGGAAGGAGAGAGCGAGGAGGAGCAGGAGGAGCAGGACGAAGAGGACGUGGAUGGGGGAGAAAGAGAUGAAGAGGGGGAGAAGAAGGAAGAGCAGGAAGAGAAGGAAGAAACUGAGGAGGAGGAAGAGGAGGAGGAGGAGAGGAAGAGGAAGGCAGAAGCUUCAUCAUCUCAUCCACCAGUGAAGAAGAAAACCGAUGAAGGUAGAAGCAGUGGAGCUCAGAAUCUGCCAAUCACAGAUGACUCCGCCCAGCUGGCAGCUCCCAACGACAGAGACCUCCUGUUGGAGCGUCAGGCCCACCUCCCCACCACGCACAAAUACAGCAGAGAACCAUUGUAUCGUGUGAUAAAGAACCAGCCUCCUCCGAUUCUCUCCAUCGAGUUGGACCACAACCCGUUCAAGUGUCCGUCAUCAGGCUGCACCAAGUCAUUCAGGAAGGCGAGUCUGCUGCACUACCACAUCAAGUACUACCACUCUGACCAGCAGCUGGACGAGGCAGGCAGCGAGCAGGAGGCACCGAGGAGGAAGCGGUUGUCUUCUGAGGGAGUGGACUCUGCGUCAGACAGGAAGAACGAGAACCAGAAUAUCGUUUGUCACCGUGACGACACAGAGCACGGCACCAUUGGAACAGAGGUGAAGAACGACGGUGGGCGAGAGAAAAGUGGAGGACAGAGCAAGAAGGAGAGGAAGAACUUCCUGAGGGUCAAACUAAAGAAGAAGAAAAAGAAGAAGAAGAAGAAGAAAAGUCAGUCAGGUCUCGGCAGCAGUGACGACGAGAACUCGGACCGACCUCCAAUCACUCUGAAGCUGUCCACCGGACAAACCGAGACGAUCACACCAGUCGACGAGGGCAGCGACUGGUCCACGCUAACGGCAGAGAGCGGCGAGGACACGCCCUCUUGGCCUGUUGCUAUGGAGACAGACGAGUGCGAGGUGGUGAGGUGUGUUUGCGAGGUGGACGAGGAGAACGACUUCAUGAUCCAGUGUGAGUCGUGUCUGUGUUGGCAGCAUGGAACCUGUAUGGGCUUAUAUGAAGACAACGUACCACACAACUACAUCUGCUACUACUGCAGACACACUGCAGGCUGGAGGCGGGCCCAACGGUUCCUGUCAGAGCCUGAUUUGCUGAUAUCUGGUCACAUGUUCGGUCUGUCGUGUGUGAAGGAGAACUACUCGGAGAUCAACGCCUCCAAGAUCACGCACACCGGCCACCUGCUGGCGCACACGCACGGCCUCAAUCAGGUCCUCAGUGGGCUGCAGCUGAAAAUCAGCCUGUUACACUCUCCGUCCCACCCUGAUCUGCAGCUGUGGAGGUUGCCAUGGAGACAGCAGGAGGGACCAAGAUUGACUUCCAGCCCCAAAGGAGAUCUGGCCUCCUGUUACGUCAGCAGCGAGCACUGCUACCAGAAGCCAGGAGCAUCAUGGGAAAAGGCAGAGGAGACAGAAAAGGAAGGACAGGAAGACAACACUGAGCAUAAGGAAAUCAAGACUGAAGACACCGACACCACGACUGAUGAUAAUGAAAACACGUUGACACACACGGACACGCUCGGCAGCAUCAACAUUAAAACAGAAAAGCACACACACUCAGACUGCGAGGAAAACACACACACCUGGACACACACACCCGAGCCCCGUCCAGGGACAGAGGCCGAGUGUCAGCUGAACCUGCUGGAGCAUGUCGAGUCUUUUCACCACCAGAUCAGUGCCAGGAUGGAUCUGAUAGAGCGAGAGCUGGACGUGUUAGAGUCCUGGUUGGAUCACUCAGGUGAGCUGGAGCCUCCCGACCCUUUGUCCCGACUCCCGCAGCUCAAGCAGCGAAUGAGGCGGCUGCUGCGUGACCUCUGCACCGUGAGACGCCUGUCGGUCUGCCGCUGACCCACUCCCUCAUCUCCGACCCCUGACCUUGGACCCUGUACGUCAAACCUGGCCAAUGGGAGCAAAAGGGACAGACAGACAGACAGACUGGGCCAGCGCUCGACAGGACGUUGAGAGCGUCGCAGGGCGUGUCGCUCUGAGGAUUGUCUCCACUCAGUCGCAGGACACGCCUCCUCUAGUGGUCGCUCUGCAGGGCGACGAUUUUCUGACGUGACUGAACAGGAGAUUCUUAAAUUUCACAAAGGUACAAGAAACAUUUCCUGGACCGCCUCCAGCUCGACUCCACGCUGCGUCAUCGCACAGGCUGUGGUGACGACAGGUUUUAACAGUGAUCGAUCAACUUCAGGAGCGAUAAUGUUUUUGAAUGUUUGUGUUACAGCUGAGUUUAGACUGAAAGUUAUAUUACAUCAUUUUAAACUUCCUGUUGUGUAUUCAACUGCUGACACACACAUGCUUUUAUGAAAAGAGGGUUCAGUCAGAUAAUUUCCACAGUGAUGAUUUUAUCAGUUUGACAUUUCUCAGUUCAGAGGUUUUUGUAAUUUUAGUAAAAUAAG